AUGAGUUCGAUUCACCCUGUUCCUGACCCUCACUCUGCUGGCGAUGAUUUAGGUAAGUCCACUCCUAUAUUACAGCGAUUUGAUGAGGUAGCUGAUGAUGUUAGGAAUGUAAAUGUGAUUAAGAAUGCUGAACUAGUGAAACCGGUAACUCAAAUUGGUUUGGAGGAUAUUCAGGAGGAAGUAGAAUACUGGAACUCUGCUAUAAUAUGUUAUGUGUUAGGUGCGAAUCCACCAAAUGUGGUAAUGGAGGGCUUUGUAAGGCGAAUUUGGAGGAAUCUAGGUGUGGAUAAGGUGGCGAUGGUGGCUAAAGGGGUGUUUAUAGUACGUUUUACCACAAUGGAAAACAGAGACAAGGUGAUUAGUGGUGGAUACCCCUUUUUUGAUGGAAAGCCUGUUAUGGUGAAGAAAUGGCAUCCUGAUAUGGACUUCAGUAAAGAGGACAUCCGUAGGGUUCCUAUUUGGAUUCAGUUGAAUCUGGAUUUCAAAUAUUGGGGUCAAGGAUGUUUGACGAAGAUUGUUAGUGGCGUGGGCAAGUUUUUGAAAGUGGAUAUGGCUACAUUGAAGAGAGAGAAACUACAAUUUGCGAGAGUAUUGGUUGAAGUGGAAAUUGGUCAGGAAUUUCCAGAUGAGAUUGAAUUUGAAAAUGAAAAGGGAUUGACCAUCUAUGUGGAGGUGAAGUAUGAUUGGAAGCCAACCUUCUGUAAAGGUUGCAAAGUUUUUGGACAUGAGGAAUCAAGUUGUAGGAGGAAGACAACCUCGGUGUGGGUUGCUAAACCUGGGGUGAAUAAGGAUCUAGUGGUAGUAGUGGCACCCGAGGCAGUGGUAUUAGGUUCAAAUGAGGUGAGGCCUAGUGCUCAAGUUGGUGGUGAUGGAUUCGAGGGUGUUAGAAGAGCUAUCAGGAGUCCAAGUAGUGCUGCUCAUGCUACAGUGACUAGGAACUCAUUUGAGGCGUUAGAGGAACUGAAUGAAGAUAUGGAGGUGGGGGUAAGGCAAGAGGGCCAAGUAAAUGAAGAGGGAAACCUUUCCAUCUCAAAUGGAUAA